ACAGGGUCUCCAUGGAGGACGCUGCGAUGAAUGCUGAUACGGAUGUGGGAAAAGGUUUGAAGCCUUUGGGGAGGCGCGGGAGGACGCAUUCAAGGGCUGGAGCAUGCACCUCCUUCCUUGCCUCCGUAGUUGCGUUCCUGCUCGCAGACUCCGGCACGGCUUUUAUGCCAUUGCGAGUCAUUAAAAGCCACACAAGAGCCGUCACUACGCCAAGUAUCUGCAUGUCGAUUGAGUCGUCGUCAUCAAAAGGUUUGUACAGCGCACUCCGCUUGUCCGAGCUCUCGCGCCCGUCGCGAUAUGCACCUCCCUCCAUCGACAUCACCCUUGUGGACAGGCACGACCGCUUUGUCUUCCUCCCCUUGCUGUACGAGUUGGCCAUGGGGGACGCGAACGAGGAGGAGGUAGCCCCGCGGUUUGAAAGUCUGCUGGCGUCCACAGGCAUCCGCUUUGUGCAGGGGGAAGUAGAGGCGAUCGAUCUAGCUGGGAAGUGCGUUCAGGUACAGUCGCAAGGGGAGGCCACGGAGGUUUCUGAAAGCGCGGUCGAGGCGCCGUCGUCGGGGUCCUCUAAGUCGCUUGCCUACGACAAACUCGUGCUCGCCUUGGGCUCCGAGCCAAUGCUUCCCCCGGCUGCCUCCCUUCCGCUUUCAGAGGGGUCCCUCUCUCCCUCCCCCUCCUCGGUCAUGCCCUUCUACACCUUGCGGGACGCCCAUGCGCUCCGGCGUCAAUUGAUGCGCAUCGACGCCCUUUCUUCCCCCACACUCUUCCGCACCGUGGUCGUGGGCGGGGGCUACUCGGGCGUGGAGCUGGCGGCGAAUCUGGCCACACGUUUGGGCCGGGACAAGGGCCGCGUCACCCUGGUGGAGCGUGGGUACCAGAUUCUGGGGAACUCCCCCAUGCCUGUGCGCGCCUCGGCGGGGAAGAGGCUGGAGGAGGAAGGGGUGGAAGUGAUGCUGGGUGUGGACGUGGUGGAGGUGGACGGCGCGCGGGUGGUGGGCUGCGGAGACGCAGGGUAA